AUGUCCGGCUCCUUGGCUUUGCGGGAUAAAUUCUCAGAGCCUUCGCUCACUCCCCUGGACAACUCUCAAUACCGUCCAUUGGGCCGCGAUGGAUUCGAAAUAGCAAUAAUAUGCGCCCUACCCCGCGAAACCAAUGCUGUUCUGUGUGCCAUGGAUCAGAUAUGGCAUGAUUGCCGCCAUUACUACGGGAAAAUUGCCGGAGAUGAUAACUCAUAUGAUUUUGGAAGAAUGGGCUCGCACUGCGUGGUCAUUGUAACAUUACCUAAUAUGGGCCCAGUGGCAGCAUCGAGCGCUUCGCGAUCCCUCAAAAUGAGUUUCAGCUCCAUACAGCUUGCCUUGCUGGUUGGUAUCUGUGGUGCAGUUCCAUUCAAGAAAGACAAUUCUGAGAUAUUACUCGGAGACGUCAUCAUCAGUGAGGCAGUUGUUGAGCUGGACUACGGGAGGCAAUACCACGACAGCUUCCGGCGCAAGGAUUCACUACUUGACGUCCACGGUCGACCUAAUGAAGAAAUACUUGGGCUUCUGCAGCGCUGGAAGAUUCCAAUGAUCCUCGAAACACUCCGGCGCGGAUCCAUAUGGCAUCUGAGACAUUUGCUGCAACGGCUAAAUAUAGAUUAUCCGGGCGCGAGCCAUGACAUGCUUUUCGCUUCAGAGUACAUACACAAACAUCAUGACCACUGCUUGGGGUGCAGUGGUACUGCGGAUGCUGUCUGUCAAUCCGCUCUCGCAUCAUCAUGCAGUGACAUUCUGUGCGAUGAGAGACAACUAGUCGCUCGACAUCGGUUGCAUGAGGUCGUGAAAUCGGGUAACAGUAUUCAGGAUCUUGAAAUACACAUCGGGUCCAUUGGUACUGGGAACGCCGUUGUAAGGUCGGCACGGCAUAGAGAUCAGCAUGCGCUGUUGGAGGGCAUUAUUGCUUUUGAGAUGGAGGGGGUCGGUGUUUGGGAUAAAUUCAAUUGUCUUGUCAUUAAAGGCGUGUGUGACUAUGCGGAUAGCCAUAAAAGCAAGACCUGGCAAGACUAUGCGGCUGCUGUUGCUGCCGCGGUUGCAAAAGAGGUCUUGCAACAAUACGUGAGGCCACAAGGGCUGCAGCAGCCAACAGUUCCCAACGGUAGCCCCCAUUUGGUACAUUGGGAGCUUUUUUCCCGCUCUACAGAAGCUAGUUUUCGGCAUGUCUACGGUUCCCAUCAUUCGAGAUCGAAAUAUCUAUUUGAAGGUAGUGCCAUCAAGGACCAUGGAGAUUUUUCUGAAAGGGGGCCGGGUGACAUAUCCGCUCAGCAACGAGUUUUAGCUAGUCUCCGGUUCCCUCGGAUGCAAGACCGUGCACAACAGAUUGAAUCAGCCCAUGACCAAACGUACGAGUGGGUUCUGGAAUCGCAGCAGAAAGGGGUACAGAGGUGGGAUGACCUGGCCACAUGGUUGUCUUCAAAUACUGAAACAAGAAAUAUUUACUGGAUAUCCGGUAAACCUGGAUCCGGGAAAUCUACUCUAAUGAGGUUUCUGGCCGAGAGGCUCAAUUUGCAAGAACACAUGCUCCCAUGGGCUCAGGGCUGCUCCGUUCUUCGUGCCUCUUAUUUUUCUUGGAGCCCUGGGGAAAUACUACAGAAGUCCUUGGAAGGUCUUCUGCGUUCAUUAUUGUUGCAGAUUCUCAAACAGAAGCCAGAUCUGAUAAGAGAGGUAAUUGAUGAUACCAGAUGGAGUACUGCCAAGAUUCCUUCAAUUGCGCUAGCUGAUUGGAACAAAUUGGAAUUAAUUUCCUGCCUUCAAAACUGCAUUUCGGCUCUACAGAAGCUUUUCAUCAAAGUCUUGUUGUUUGUUGAUGGGCUUGACGAAUUUGAAUGCACGGAUGAGAUCCGUCAAGAGCUGAUUGAAACAUUUAGAAGACUGGCUUUUACAGGAAAUGUGAAGGUGUUCUUAUCUAGCAGGCCUUGGAAUAUAUUCCAAGACAGCCUCAACGGAAUCCCUAGGAUACGACUGGAGGAUCUCACGCGCGAAGACAUUCGCCUAUAUGUGAGGGCAAAAUUUCUCAAUAAUCUACGAUUCCACCAGCUACUUUCUUGUGAUAAAAAAAUUGCAGAAGCCCUUAUUCUCGCGGUUGGGGACAAGGCUGAAGGGGUAUUUUUAUGGGUACGGCUUGUGGUUCGUGAUUUACUGAAAGGAAUUCGUGAUGGAGAUGGCAUUCAAACUUUACACCGGAAGUUGAAUGAAAUACCUGCCGAUUUGAAUGAAUAUUUCAAAACCUUGUUUUCCUCAAUUGACUCUCAGCACAUGCGAGAGGCCUCUGUCAUGCUCCAAGUUGCACUGCAUGAAGAAGAUCACUUUGCCACGCUGCAUCCACUCCGCUUACUUGACUUGUCAUUCACUGACGAAUCAAGCCCUGAUUUUGCAAUAGCGGAUUCAUUCAACUACCCCAAAUUAUCCAUGAACGACCGUGAGGGACUUAGGUUUCGACUCGACUCAACGAUUAGGCGACUCAACAGCAGAUGUAUGGGCCUGCUUGAAUGCACCUACAACCCUUGCAGCUUCUUUGACAUUUCUGGCCACGAAUUUACAACAGAGGAAUUAGAAAAUGCUUCGCUCUAUCAAGACCUGAAGUUUGAGCCGUCAAUAUACCCAGAGGUUUUUGAUUGUCCCAACUUACUUCAAGUCUUCAUGCCAACAGUCGACUUUUUGCAUCGAUGUUCCCGGGACUUUCUCGUUUCUCCACACAUUGAGGGCCUACUCCACCAACAAACUGGAGGCGAAUACGAUGCGAGGAUGUUGAUCGUCAAUGCCAGAAUAUCACAGUUUCUAGCGCUACAGAAAGCUGGAUGCGGCCGCAGUAUAUCCCUAGGGCUCGCAAGCUAUAUUAUGAGUGCCCUUUCGAUUCCCAAAUUUAUAGAUGCAGCACCAUCCAUCAGAGCUGCGUGUAUGCUCCAGCCCGCUAUUGAGGCAUUUGCAUGCCAAUGCGGUCAUGAAACAUAUUCUAUGGGCCCGGGUUGGUACAUUGGUCCCUCGCUGCGUAGUUGGCAUGAGGAAAAGAGCAAUUUUCUCACACUGGCAAUCGACUUCAACUUACGGGGAUACUGUACAGAAUAUCUCACUGCAAACCAAGUCCAAAGGAAGAACGGCCGACCGAUCUUAGAUUAUAUUCUCCGGCCAAGAUUCACAUCAGAAGCAUUCGUGAAUAUUGGGUACUCAGUCCCAAACGUCGACCUUAUCCACCGGGUUCUCAUUUUUGGGGCGGACCCCAAUGGUCUCUAUCAGGGCGUUUCUGUCUGGGCCCUCUUUCUCUCCUCAACAGCAGACUGGUUGAACAGAGGAUUUAAUACUUCGGCCAUCAACAAGUCGUCAUAUCUUGCGUCGCUUAGGAUGAUGAUUGAUAGGGGGGGCAGCACUAUAUCUCCCGUGCUCCUGGGCUAUGGGUCCUUUGCGAUUGGAAAUGAAAAGAACUACCGUUGGCCAAAGGACUUGCCAACAGUUGACCAGGCCAUUACUCGGUUUUCACAACCCAGUUAUGCUGUCGCCGAUCUCCUUGAGACCUUUCGGAUCCACUUCGAACCAGAAAUGAAUGACCUGAUUGAACUCGCACGGGGCAGAAGUGGUAAAUAUUAG